AUGGAUGAACUUCUAGAAGAAAUCCCAAUCAAACAAGUGGACGUAACCGUUCCGAAGACUGACGAUCCAACCUUACCUAUCCUGACAUUCAGAAUGUGGGUCUUAGGAAUCAUCUCAUGCGUGGCACUCGCAUUGGUGAAUCAGUUCUUUUGGUACAGAACACAGCCUCUAUCGGUUACGCCAAUAUGUGUUCAGAUCGCCGUUGUUCCAAUCGGCCAUUUAAUGGCAAGAAUUUUGCCCACUCGGCGGUUAUUCCAAGGUACCAUGUUCGAAUUCACGAUGAAUCCUGGACCAUUCAAUAUGAAAGAGCACGUUCUCAUCACUAUCUUUGCCAAUGCUGGUGCUGGAACUGUCUAUGCAACUCAUAUUUUGACUGCGGUCAAGCUUUACUUUAAAAAAUCUCUCCCUUUUAUUCCUGCUUUCAUCGUUAUGCUCACUACUCAGGUACUAGGCUUUGGUUGGGCUGGACUUUUUAGGAAGCAUUUGGUUGAACCAGCUGAAAUGUGGUGGCCUGCAAAUAUGGUCCAAGUCUCUCUGUUCCGGGCUCUACAUGAGAAGGAAAAAAGACCCAAACACGGCACAACCAGGAACCAAUUUUUCUUAAUUGCUAUGGCCACUGGUUUUGCUUAUUAUGUCCUCCCAGAUUACCUUUUCAACACACUGUCAACUAUGUCUUGGGUGUGUUGGUUGGGCUCCAAAUCCGUCUUGGUUAACCAAUUGGGAUCCGGAAUGCAUGGGCUUGGGCUUGGCUCAUUUGGGCUUGAUUGGACCUCAAUCAGUUCUUACCUUCAAAGCCCACUAGCCAGCCCAUUGUUUGCCACUUGCAAUGUAGCUGUUGGAUUCUUUCUAAUUAUGUAUGUGAUGACACCAAUCUGUUACUGGAAUAAUGUUUAUAAUGCCAAGAAUUUCCCAAUAUUCUCAAGUGGACUUUUCAUGAAAAAUGGGACAAAAUAUGAUGUUUCUAAGAUUGUCAACUCUAAAUUCCAUCUAGACACGGUAGCUUAUUCGGAGAUUGGGAAUCUUCAUCUCAGCACUUUCUUUACAAUGACAUAUGGUAUUGGAUUUGCUACACUUUCUGCCACUGUUAUGCAUGUUCUUCUCUUCCAUGGAAGAGAUAUAUGGAAGUAUAGCAAAAAGGCGUUCGGAAGCAAUAAGAAAAUGGACAUACACACAAAACUGAUGAAGAAUUACAAAUCAGUCCCAAUGUGGUGGUUUUUGGUUAUCGCAGUACUUAACUUAGCUCUCAUCCUUUUUGCUUGCCAAUACUACAAUGAGGCACUUCAGUUGCCAUGGUGGGGUGUUUUACUAGCUUGCGCAAUAUCCCUUAUCUUUACGCUCCCAAUUGGUAUAAUCUCUGCCACUACAAAUCAGACACCGGGUUUAAAUAUCAUAACAGAAUACAUAAUUGGAUAUAUGUAUCCAGAACGUCCGGUAGCAAACAUGUGCUUCAAAGUAUUUGGGUAUAUUAGCAUGAUGCAAGCACUCUCAUUUGUUCAAGACUUUAAACUCGGCCACUAUAUGAAGAUUCCUCCAAGAAUGAUGUUUAUGGCACAGGUACUUGGAACAUUGAUAGCAGUGGUAGUGUACACACUAGCAGCAUGGUGGAUGAUGGAGAAAAUUCCUCACCUUUGCGACGUUUCAAAACUUCCGGCAGAUAGCCCUUGGACAUGCCCAAUGGACACGGUCUUCUACGACGCAGCUGUUAUCUGGGGCCUCAUUGGACCCCGCAGGAUCUUCGGCAAUCUCGGUGAGUACGCAAAGGUCAACUGGUUCUUUCUUGGUGGUGCCAUUUUACCCCUUCUUGCAUGGCUCGCUCACAAGGUAUUCCCAGGUGUGAAAUGGAUCCGCCACAUUCACUUCCCCGUAUUGUUGGGUGCGACGGCAAUGAUGCCGCCGGCUUCAUCGCUUAACUUCAAUAGCUGGUUAGUACUCGCGUUCCUGUCGGGGUUUGUGGUGUAUCGGUACAAACCGGAGUGGUGGAGCCGCUAUAACUACGUCCUGUCCGGUGCUCUUGAUGCCGGAACUUCCUUCAUGGCCAUGUUCUCGUUCUUUUUGUUAGGAUCCACGCAGAUUUCAUGGUGGGGGAAUAGCGGAGAAGGCUGCCCCUUGGCUACAUGCCCUACGGCCCCUGGCAUUGCUGUUGCUAAUUGCCCAGUUCAUUGA